AUGGGUCCUCUGAGGCUGCGAGCGUCGCUCUCGCUGCUGCUGGGUGGCUACCUCCUCGCGGCCGCCAGGAGGGACGAGAAGCUAGCAGGCACGGCUGCAGAGUCUGCCCGGGGUCCCGCGGGCAGCUCUUCGGGCCGCUUCAUCAGCCCGGAGCACCAAGCAUGCAGCUGGCAGCUCCUGCUGUCCGCCCCAGGGCCGGCGGUGGGCAGCGAGCUAUCGCUGCGCUGCCAGGGCCGGGACGGGGUGCGCCAUCAGUGCGCCUACCGCGGGCAGCCAGAGCGCUGCGCCGCCUACGCCGCCCGCGGCUCUCACUACUGGAAGCAGGUGCUAGGCGGGCUACGCAAGAAGCGGCGGCCCUGCCAGGACCCCGCGCCGCUCAAAGCCCGCCUGUGCGCGGGUAAGAAGGGCCACGGCUCCGACCUGCGCCUGGUGCCCCGCGCGUCCCUACCCGCUGGCCCCACUGCGGCGGGCUUCCUCCGGGAUCCCAAGCCCCGGGCCAGGGGCCGGGGGCGGCCCCGGGAACCCGCGAUCGGCCCCGCCGCAAGGGUCCCUCUUCCUCCGAGCACGCGCCCCCAAGGGAAGCUGUCUGAGAAGAAGACUAAAGGGGGCAAGAGGAAGGCGGCCUUGGACCCAGAAGAGGAGCGACUCCUAGGGAUAGGGCCGAAUUCUGACGGGCUGGACGAGAACACAAAGCUCACGGAGACCUACUGUGCUGAGAAGUGGCACUCCCUCUGCAACUUCUUUGUUAGUUUCUGGAAUGGCUGA